CAAGCGUUGGCAGUUGAAUUUUAGGCGUUGCCCGAUUCGAACCAGCCAGUGCUGAGUAGCUUAAAAAGUGUUGUUUUUAAUUAUUGGAAAUAUACAACAACAAAAAUUGUUAUUUUGUCGCUAUUUAUUCAGUUGACCCCGGUUUGGUUUGUCAUUUGUUGUUUUCAUUUUUCUUCUUUGUUAUUCGGUUAUACGGUGGUGCAUCUGCGCGCUAUCUUUGUGUGCAGUUCGUUGGAAGAACAAAGUUUUACACAUCAGCAUAAAGUUUUCUUUACAAAAACAACGAAAUUAUUAUGAGUCAACACGUUGUGUUCGGUGUGUUCUUGGUGUUGAUCGCAGCUGCCAAUGCGCUGAAGGUACCGGUCACCAUCUACUAUGAAUCACUCUGCCCAGACAGUGCCAAGUUCGUAACGGAGCAAGUCUUUCCAGUCGUGAAGGGCGAACUGCGCGACUACGUCGACAUCAACUGGGUGCCUUAUGGCAAGUCGCAUUUCACCACACAAGGUGCCGAAGUGAUUUUCGAUUGUCAUCACGGUCCAAAUGAGUGCUACGGCAAUAAAGUGCAUGCCUGCGCCAUCGAGCACAUACAGGCCAACUCGUACCAAAUCGAAUUCACUCGGGAAUCAUUGACUUUGGACUUCAUCAACUGCAUGAUGAAGGCGGGCAAGAAUUUCGAUGACAAUGUAUAUCCGGGUGCACGUUGCGCACGUGAAAAUCACAUUAGCGCCUGGGAAAAUAUCCAGCACUGCGCCAACUCAACUGAAGGCAGUAUUUUACUAAAGAAACAAGGCGAGGCUACCAAUGCGUUCCAAAAUCCAUUGACAAGUGUUCCAACUGUUGUCUUCAAGCAGCAAUAUAAUGCCAAGGAGAACGAUCAAGCCAUGUCCAGCUUCCUGAACGUUGUCUGCAAGUACAUUCCUCAGCCACAACCGAAGGUGUGUGCUGCGCUCAACUCGGCCGUGGCCACUGCGGUUACACCUCUCUUAGCUUUACUGGCCUAUUUGUUGGUGCGUUUGAUCUAAGUUAUUACUAAAACCCAGUUUACAAAGCCGCUACUGCAGGCGGGUACCACCAUUCAGCUUCCAAAUUACAAUAAAUAGCGUUGAAGUAUCAUUUUCGUAAAUUGUUUUAAUUUUUUUUAUUCUAACACAAACCAAGCCGUCCAGGUAUUGUGAUUCCGAAAAAUCUACAUAUAUAUAUUACAAGUUAUGUAUAUUUUUUAUAUAUAAAAUAUAUAUGCAUGUGCAAUGGUUAAUUAGAACGGAUAUGUAUUUAUCUGUAUAGUAGAAUGUGCUUAUAGAAAAAAGUUUAACUGUAAAUCAUGAAUUAUAAUCACAUUUGUUAAAUAUUUAAUUAAUAAAUACAUACAUGUAUAUAUAUAUA